AUGUCAGGCUUCGAACCGUCAGGACCGGCCAGAAGGCCAGAUAUGAACCGGAAACUGGUGGUAGUUGGGGACGGAGGUUGUGGGAAGACAUGCCUGUUGACAGUCUAUGCGGAGAAUCGCUUCCCAGAGGAAUACGUACCAACAGUAUUCGAGAACCUGGUUACGCGCAUACCUUCACCUACGGAUCCUACCAAAAUCAUCGAGCUCGCGUUAUGGGAUACGGCCGGCCAGGAGGACUUUGAUCGGCUGAGACCAUUAUCAUACAACGAUACGGACGUCAUACUGGUGGUGUUUGCGUGCAACCACCGACCAAGCUUGAUGAACGUUCAAGAUAAGUGGUAUCCCGAAAUGGCACAUUUCUGCGAAUCCGUCCCCCUCCUCCUUAUCUGUACCAAGAUCGACCUCCGCGACGACCCCACCACCACCUCUCUCAUGGCCGCUCAGGGUACAAGCCCUAUCACCGCACUGGAAGGCGAGAAGGUCGCGAAAGAGAUAGGCGCAAGGCGGUAUCUGGAAUGCUCGGCCAAGAUGGGUAGGGGAGUCCGGGAGGUAUUCGACGGGGCGGUCAGGGAGAGUCUGCGGAAGAAGGGGAGGGGGGUCCGCGGGAAGAAAUGCGUGGUGUUGUGA